CCGGCAACAAAGGUUUCAAAGCAGCGUUUUGACGCGACACGUCUUAAAGAGCUCAUUUACAUUUAUCUGGGUUCGUGCAUGACAGCAGCUGUAACAAAUGCUUUCAAUCAAACUACUGCGCACGACGAGUUUUAGAAAAUUCCAGAGUACAAAUCUGAGUGUUGCCCGACUGCACUAAUUUUCAUCUCGCCUCGCGUCGAGUGUUGCGCUAACCGACGCGAACGCGCUUCAGAAACAAGCCCACCUUGAAUUAGGAGACAUGACAAUAAAGAAGGCGAGAUCGGCUUAGAGUCUGUGAGAGUCUCCUGCAGUGUUUGCUCUGUUUCGGUCGUCGUUCAUCUUGUGUAAAUGAAUUUGCUGCGGAAUCGUUUGGUGGUCCCGGGCGUCGUGUUGUUGGCCACGUUACUGCUGUACCUGCUGCUGCCGUCCAUCCGGCAGGGCAGCAUGGAGCCGUCCCUCAAUGCGCAGAGACUCGGGCUUUUGGCCACAUCGCCGCCUCCGCUUCCCAACGUCAACGUGUCGGUCCGCACGGGACAGCUGCCCGGGGACCCGCCGCUGUUCUUCCGAGAAGCUUUACCCAUUGACGGAGCUGGGCGACAAAUACUGCCCAGGCUACAAGUGGUGCUUCUGCAUGGGCAGGCCUUCACAUCGAAAACCUGGGAGGAACUUGGUACCAUGGCCCUACUUGCGACGAAUGGAUAUCAAGCCCUGGCCAUGGAUCUGCCAGGCUAUGGGAAGUCACCAGACUCGGGGGCCCUGAAAACAGAUCAGAGUCGAGUGGACCUGCUCUCCAGGUUCAUGGACUCGUUGGGCGUGAGGGCACCGGUCCUCGUGAGCCCUUCGAUGAGCGGCCACUACUCCAUCCCGUUCCUCAUGAAGAACAGCCUACAGCUGCGAGGCUUUGUUCCCAUAGCGCCUGUUGGUACUCGCAGUUACACGCCACAACAAUAUCAGAAUAUCCAGACUCCGACCCUCAUCGUGUUCGGGGCCCUCGACACCAACCUGGGCGCCCAGUCCCACAAGAACCUGGCCCAGCUUCCCCGUCACGCCGUGCUCAAGCUGGACGGCGCUCGCCACGCGUGCUACAUGGACAAACCCGGCGCCUUUCACCAAGGCCUGAUCGACUUCCUCGGCAAGAUAAAGUGAGACGCGCCAAACAUGGACAGGGGGAGGUUAAAAAAAAUGAGGAGGGACGCGAGUUUUCCUGGGUUGACUCUAGCGAGAUUGCUUCCCCAAAACAAGGUUCACAAAAUGUGAUCAUUUUCAUAAGAAUAAUUAAAAGAGAUAUCAUAUGGUGAAAACUGAAGGAACUAAACAGCAUUCCUCACCAUGUAUAAUUUAUUCAUCUUCAUGAAACAAUAUGUGCAAUAAGUCCCCCCCCCCCCCUCGCCUCCACACCUGCCAGUUUUCCAGUCGAGUGAUAUUUCUCUUUGCAUGCAAACAACAAAAGGUAAUUGCGUUUGCAUUAUUGUUGCCAUUUUUGGAGGUGACAUGGGAGUCGAUUGCUGUAAAUAUGCAAGAAUGUAGCAGCAGCAGCAGGCUGGGAAAAGCUUGUUGUGGUCACUUUUCAUUUCAACCAUUCCAGUCGGGCACAAAAAGAUGAAAACUGCAAAACAGAUGCGCUCUGCAAUGGAAAAUUGCAAGAAGUUCA